AUGCAUAUAAGGGUUCAGAAUUGCAACAAUAUUUGGGCUUCAAAUCUUAUCAUUAGAGCACCAGGAGAUAGCCCUAACACUGAUGGAUUUCAUGUCACUCACUCACAAAAUGUUUUCAUAACCAACAGCAUCAUUGGGACAGGUGAUGAUUGUAUUUCAAUAGUAAGUGGGUCCAAAAACAUUAGAGCUACAGAUAUAAUAUGUGGACCAGGACAUGGAAUAAGCAUUGGAAGCUUAGGACAAGAUAAGUCUGAAGCUCAAGUGAAUAGAGCUACACUAAAAGGAAGCACUAAUGGGGUUAGAAUUAAGACUUGGCGGUCUAACCAAGUUCGUUAUGCCACUUUUGAAUCCAUCGACAUCACCGUCCUUUCUUCUAAAGAUCAUUCACCGUCGUUGUUUCGGUUAAACCUCAAUAGAUAUGUCAUUGGUUUCAACAUUGUUUGGGAAAGAAACGUCUCAGUUUCAUUUACUAGCUUUGUUGUUGUUGUUGCAGUGAAGGAAGUUAUGUUGAAAUCAAAGUCGCUUUUAACUAAGGACAAGAUUUUAGUUUCUAUUACUGCUGGAAUCAAGUUGAAAGAAUUCAGGUAA